AUGACCAUCCACCAGCUCAUCAGCCGUCGACUCACCAAGCUGGGCGCAUGGGAAUCAGCCAUCACCCAAGCACAAUCAUCCAGACAAGCGACAAUACCAACGGAGCUGUCGAUCAGCAAAAAAUCAAAUCCCCCGAUACGAGGAUACCAAAGACAGUCCAACGCUCGUCAUCAGCCCAUCCGCUUCUUUUCAGGAACCGGCCACAGACUGGACUCUCCCGCUACAAACGGGAAACUAUAUCCAACUUGUCCAACCUGUUCAAUCGAACUUAAAACAAAUUUUAAUCAGAAAACGAAGAUUGAAGAUAAGUGCAAAUGUGCUAAUUGUCGAUCAUUUAUCCCGACCGGAGUGGUGGUAAAAACCAAAUCGAAGAAGGAUCAAGACGACCGGCGGAUCGAUUAUUUUAAACUGUUUGAAAUCGAGAAGAAGUUCAAGGACAUCGAUCUGAUCAGCCUGAAGAAAUCUUACCAUCACUGGCAGCAAUUCGUCCAUCCUGACUUCAGCAUCUCCAAUGACCAUCUCGAGAAUCACCCUUCAGAGCUGAGUCUUCAGUUCAUGAAGGAUUGGAGUGUCUUGGUCAAUCAGUCGAAGAACAUCUUGACUGAUGUUUUGAAAAGGGCCGAAUAUCUGCUGGAAUUGCAUGGGAGCGUCAAGCCGAGCGAGGAAGCGGACUCGCUUGAUAACACGGAUCUGUUGAUGGAGAUCAUGGAAGUAAGGGAGCAACUCGAAGAAGCUCAGACUGCCGAAGGAAUAGAAUCUAUCAAGCAAACAAACAAACAGUCAAUCCACGAAGUUUUGGGCGAACUGGAUCAGAAGUUUCGUACCCUGAUCCAUCGGGCAAAUCCUCUAGAUGAAUCAGAAAGCCUUCAAGAACUAAUCGUCAGAUUAAGAUACUUGAAGAAGAUCGAAGAAAUCAUUUCUUCGACGAACCUUUAA